UACAUGUACCAAGGGAACACCCAGGUGGAUCAUAGCCUCAUGGAGAGAGUAUUGGAAGUAGCAGAUAUGUUAGAGGUGAAAGGUUUAUCAAGAAUACGAUCCAAUAUAUCUAUAAAAAAAUUUAUGGGUACUGCUGCCUCUCCAAAUACUAACUCUAAAACAUCUCCACUAAAUGUGCCUUGCACGGAUAACCCAAGAGGUAGUACCAAAUCACCUGAGGACCAGUUUUACUGUGGAAAACCAAGUAGAUACCAGAAUCACAGAUACAGAGAGCACACAAAUGAAGUUGAAAGCAGUGCAUGUGACAGUAGAGAACCAGAGACACACAACACCUGCCAGGAGAUGGACCACCUAUUUCUCAUACACAACCUGUACUGCAUACCUCACAACAUGAAGUUGAACCUCAAGAUGAUGAUGAUAUGACUCAAACAUCAGGCAUUGACUUGUCAAUGGCUAAGAAUGAACAUGGUCACCACGGGAAGGAGAUGCUCUGUCUGGUCAAAAAGAAGACAGUGGUGAUGAAUCUCCUUCAAAGAAGAAGAAGAAACAUGUAAGACAUUUUA